AUGAUACGAACAACAUUAAAAACACUAUUUCUACUGCUUGCCAACAUUCUUAUGCUGAUGAGCUGCUGUGUUCUUGGGACGCUCCUUACAUCCAUAGACAACUUUGAGGAUGCUUAUCGCAAUAUGAACGAGCAGUUCACAUAUCUACUACUGCUUGCAAACACAGGGCUUGUUGUGUUUACGUUUGUGAUUGUACAGAACUUGAACGACUUGUUUUUGCGAAGAAGCCGCUCAUCAAGAGGUGUAGAGACAAAGCUGAAGGUGCAGUGGAUCCUUGUGUUUACUGCCAUGGCUUUCCACAUUGCAUUUCUUAUGCCAGCCGUGGCCACGAACAUCGACAAGCUUCUGAGCAUAGAUGCAAUCCUGCUGAUGAUAGUUGGUAUAUUUGCGUUACAGGUAAGUGAAUGCAUUAAUUUUAGAUCGCCAAGCUUGUUAUCAUAUACUCAAUACACCCAGAUCUGUUUGGAUCGCAACAGCGAAGAAAUAUCCAGGAGCACAUCGACAAGACCGAAAGAAUGUCCGAAUAUGCACUCUAGCACAGAGCCAGCUAGCAUAGAAGGCACACACAGAACCAGAGCUGCAAAGAUGCACAUGCAAUUCAUGGCAUUCCCAAUCAAUAGCAAAAAGGAUAUACAAGAGUUUAUUGUGCUAAUUAAACAAGGGCAUAGACAUAGUCAGGCCUGUAUCUUGUCAUCAAUUCUGCUUUUAAUCUUGGACAGGAUGCUACGAUACCUUGUGUUGUCACACACCACUCCGCUAAGUGUGUUCAUUCCCAUUUCCCUCACAAGGUGUCUGAUCUUUUUACCGAUGUUCAUCCUGUACCUUUCCUCCUUGAUACCAAAGUCUUCCAAGACAAGCCUUGAUUGCGGCGAAUGCAUGCCUAGCCUCAGAAAGUUGGCGGUCAUCAGAGAAAAAAUAAAUCAUUUAUUUAUACUUUGUGUUUCAGGUGUAUGCGCGUUUCAAUACCACAACUAUGCACAAAGCCAGUAA